UAGAUAGUGUGUGGCUGGUUAUCUCGCGGUCUCCCGUAGAUUUUGAUAUGGGAAGUCCGGUAGUUAGGUUCGUGUAAAAAAAUGUAAACAAAUCGAUAAACAAGAAAAAGUGAGGUGCCUACGAUACAUAUGGUCACGGUGUUUUCUUCAGUUUAAGGCGAUUGAACCAUGUUGUGAUUCAGUGGUACCUAUCUGUCAACAGAGUGAAGUCAGCUGUCAGUUAGUGAUAGUGCUGGAAGUUCUUUCCAAUUAGAAGUCUUGGACUAGAAUGCGGUCGUGCUGUUGAAAAGGAUAUUUGAAAUGAGUUCCAGAAAAAUAACUGACUCUUUCCUUUCGGACAUACUCUCUUCCGUUCGUCCCUGAACUCUCUUCAACUCCUGGCUUUCUCUUCUGCGCUACUCCGCUAUAUGAUUGUGUAUUGUCUGUGUAAUGAUGACUGCACCGUUGCAAUUCCGCGCUAUCCCAACCGUUGUCGCCGUCCCGUGACACACGUCAGUAAGUGGAAUAUCAAAAAUUGUCAAUCAUUCAGUUCACUGAGUGUAUGUGGCGCCAUCAGUUUGAUCUACGGAUGAAAUUCGAAAAAAAUUGUUUUGAAUAGAAAAAGCUUGUAAUCAAGGAUAGAAGUGAAGUGGAAAAUUGUGCUGAAAAUUGAUAUCGUCACGGGAAUUAGGAGUGUCAAGUUUUAUUUUUAAAAAAAUAGUCAAAAAAAAAAAAUAAAUUAGGACGUCGCGCAUCCUUUUAACAUUUUUAAAAUAAGAUAAAAAAACCACCAAAUGUUGAAGAAGAGCAAAAGUUGAGUGAACGAGAUUUAAUCGAAAAUGGGAAACCGCUUGUACAAAAAUUUUGAAAUAAUGCCGAAAGUAAAAUUUUACGAAAUCUGGUUAAACAUCCUCAGACAAAAGUCCUUAGUGAAUAUUUGAGAAGUUCUUCCCAUGCGAGCUGAAUAAGAAAAUUUUGAAAACAAAUCUUACAAAAAAGAAAAUUGUCUCAGUAUACCAACAAACCAAUGAUGUGAUUUUGAUUUUUCUCACGACAAGAAUAAAUCAUAAAAUAUAAAAGUAUAAAAAAUAAUAAUAAUAAGGAAGAAGAUAGAAACAAACUAGCUAAAUUCAUAAAAUUAUUAUUGUUGGCUAGUAUACGAUACAACUACCAGUGUGAUUCCUAUCUGUAAUAAAAUCAGUGGUUUAUUAUCAUUGAUUCGAUAACAACAAGAUAUCGGUGUUCUGUUUAUUUUAAUUUUCAUUUGAUUGUGUUGUGGGUGGAAGUAUCUUCAUAAUAAAAAUAUUAAUAAAUUUAUCGAGGAGUGAUUAAAUCGCAACAAAAGUCGCUAGAAUGAUGCUGCACGAGGCUGUUAUGUUAGAGAUUUAUAGGCAAGCGUUGACAGCAAGUGAGCUUGCCAGCCCUCGUUGCCAAUCACGUGAUUCUUCAUCAGGCGGCCGAUGUCCUUCAGAUGAUUCCAAUUGUUCCGGCAAUGGCAGUACAACUGCCCCAACACCCACAAGUCCAGUGGGCAUUACACUUCCCGCAACCUUGCCACCAGCCGCCGCUGCUGCACUUCUACCACCGCAAUCAGCCGCCAUGGCGGCCUACCUGAAUGUUGCAGCGGCAGCAGCCCAACAAAACCGCCUACUACUGGGGAAUCCAUUGGCUGCUGCCGCUGGCUUAGUACGUGCCGCUCAAUCACCGCCAUCGCUACCUCCACUCUCAGCAUCACCACCGCUACCAGAUGAUGCAACGCCCGUACUAGACUUCAGCACAAAGCGAACGCGACGAGAUUCCGACACAGAUAGUAAAAGUGAUAGUGAUGCAGUCAACUUAACAAAAUCGUCAUCUGACAACAGUCCAUUAGAUUUGUCGGUAGGAAGCAGGAAAAGAAAUGCAGAUGAAGAUGCACCACCACCGUCACGAAAAGCUCCACGGCCACCGGAUUAUAAAUCAGUGGUUUCGCCGUGGAAUACUCCAAUACCGCCUUAUUUCGCGGCUGCUGUUGCCGCAGCAAGCCUAUCUCCCAAAAACCCGCUUCCCGUUGAUUGGAAUGGAAAGAAGAUGGCUCCCAAUGAUGCCACAAAGGCUCUAGAAAAAAUGUCCGAAAUGUCCAGACUAGGCGGACCAGAUGCAGACUUAGGUGCAAGACCGCAAAACAACCAUACCAAUUCUGGAGGAGGUGGCCGACAUAGCGCUUGGCAAAGCCAUUGGUUGAACAAAGGUGCGGAUUCGGUCAAAGAUGUGUUCAAAUGCGUUUGGUGUAAACAAAGUUUUCCGACACUGGCCUCCCUCACAACGCAUAUGAAGGAAACUCAACAUUGCGGUGUAAAUGUUCCUCCUACAGGCAAUAUAACGCCAACGGGCGCCAGUCAACAGCCCCAUCAUCCCCAUCAUCAUCAUCAAUCCGCCUCAGCAGCGGCUUCAAACUCCUCAUCUACGAAUAAGUCUGAUCUCAAUCUUCUAAUCAAAGAAACAAUGCCGCUUCCACGGAAACUUGUCCGAGGGCAAGACGUGUGGCUUGGCAAAGGAGCCGAGCAGACCCGUCAAAUUCUGAAGUGUAUGUGGUGUGGCCAAAGUUUCCGUUCCUUAGCUGAGAUGACAAGUCACAUGCAGCAAACACAACAUUACACGAAUAUAAUCUCUCAGGAGCAGAUCAUCUCAUGGAAACAAGCUGAAGAAGGCAAAGGAGGACCGACAGGUCCAGGAGCUAGUGGCGGAGCUCCGUCUAAUUCUAGUUCAGGAGCAAAUAGCACAGUAAGCGCAGUUCUCACGUGCAAAGUUUGCGACCAAGCAUUCUCCUCCCUCAAAGAUCUGAGUAACCACAUGGUUAAGAAUGCUCACUACAAAGAGCAUAUAAUGCGCUCGAUAACGGAAAGUGGUGGCAGGAGAAGGCAGACUCGUGAGAAGCGCAAAAAGUCCUUGCCUGUAAGGAAACUUCUUGAAUUAGAACGUGCUCAGCAUGAAUUCAAAAACGGGGAGAUGAAACCUGUCCGAGACAUGGCUUCAACGAGGAUAACGUGUGAAAAAUGCGGCGACAAGAUCGAGACUGCCAUGUUUGUAGAGCACAUCCGGCAAUGCGUUGGCGGAUCGAUUCCCAACUCGCCGAGAAGUAUGUUGAAAAAUUCCGCCCUUUCUGCCAACAGUAUAAUUCCGCCAGACUCACUGAGUCCGCUAACACCAAAUAGUCGAGACGGAAGGAAAAGCAUCGGCGACGAGAGCACAUCACCUGCAUCGAAUCGUCAUAUAUCACCGCAUGCUCCUGACAUUGCAUCACCUUCUCCAAAAGAAGGUGGUGGUGGAGCGUCUACUAUGAGUGGAGGGAGCAACGGAAGUGGUGGAGAGAAAAUGUCCUCGCCUUCUGUAUUGAAUGCAAUAGAACAACUAAUUGAGAAGAGUUUCGAUACCAGAUCACGUCAUGGCAAUAGUAGUUUCUCAUCAAAUAGUCAUUCAAGCGCACCUCUGGGCUCGAGCAUCCUUAAGCGGCUAGGAAUCGAUGAAAGUGUGGAUUAUACGAAACCUUUGAUUGACCCGCAAACAAUGAAUCUGUUAAGGACGUACCAGCAACAGCAUUAUCCUAAGCGAGAGAGAAGUGGCAGCGAGUCUAGUUCAGUGUCAGAUAGAGGAAGUAGCAGGCUGGAGUCGUUGACACCUGAAAGAAAGCCAGAUCUAUCUAAUCAUGGAACUCCUAGGCAAAGUCCUGAAAAGAGUGUACAUCAUUCAGAGAAUGAGAGCGAAGAUAAUCGUGGAGAAGGUGUCAAAGUCAAAAGGGAGCCUACCGAAGAUGACGAUUCCGAUAUUGAAGGUGAGGAGAGGGAGAAGUUUCAAGUGAAAAAGGAGCCCGGUGAUGAGGGAAAUCUUUUGAAGGAUUCAGAGUCCGAGAUGGAUUUGUCCGCCAAGCGGAAGUCAGCCACUCCCUCCAGUUUAGCGCCAAGCCCGAGUCACAUGAAUUUGCCAAACUCUACAUCAGCUAUAACGUCAACUCCUGUUCCUAGUCCAAGUAGUGAUCGGUCAAUAACACCAAGAUCAUCGGCCGCUUCAGAGAAAAAGAUUCCUAGUGGAAGUUUGACAGCUUUGACCUCGAUGUUUGAUAAUCUGACGGGGUCAAAUUCAACAUCGUCCGGUGCAUCAGAACCCUCAAGUGGCGGUCACAGUUCCGGAAAGAAGAGUAGUUCCCAUCCGCUGGCAGCUCUUCAGCAGCUCUGCGACAAAACCGAGACAAGUACUCAGAACUCGCGCUCGAGCAGUUCAGGGGCCCUUGCAUCCAGCCUCCCACCCACAGGAGGAACAGCAUCAGGCGCGAUAUUAGCUUUCAGCUGGGCCUGCAACGACGCCGUCAUGACUUCGGACUCCAUAAUCAAAUGCGCAUUCUGUGACACCCCCUUCUGCUCCAAGGGUGCCUAUCGCCAUCACCUAUCGAAAGUGCACUUUGUAAAGGAUGACGUCAUGGGCGAUUCAAUUGCAUCGACAAACAAGUCAUCUAAUAGCGGUGCAGCGUCCAUAACACCAACACUCGUAGGCGGCACGGCCUCCAAUUCUGGAGGCGGUAGCUCCAGUUUAGCUCCACAAAAAUCGAAUCUCCCGCCAAACACCAACAGUAGUCAAUCACCGAAGAGUUCAAUAGCAGGUGGAUCUGGUGCGAGCGGCGGCAAUGGUAGCAACAGCGGCAACAACUCAGCAAGCGGUAGCGGUAACAGCGGUAGCCGAAGUUCACCCGCCGGAUCAGUAACAUCGGCGUCCUCAGUUGGGAGUGUACCGGUUGCAGGUCAAGUACAAUCGCAAUCUUCAGCAUCUGCGUCCGCUUCGGCCUCGUCGCCGUUCGAGGAGAGUCCACACUCCAAGUUCCUCAAGUACACCGAGCUCGCCAAGCAGUUGUCGUCUAAGUACGUCUGACAUUCCUAAGGUUUACUGCAACCGCGGCAGCAGGAGCAGAGUUUAGGUGUAGUCAAAGCGCCGUCUAAAUCGGUCCGCAAAGGUAGAGGUAGGAGAAAGAUGUAACUUUUUUCUUGUAAACAGGCAGGUGAGGUAUAGUGGUGGAGAUGGGUAAUUGGACAGUUGUUUGGUUUGUUAGUAAGAAUCCUGAGAAGAAGUUGGCUUUCCCUAGGAAGGAGGUUGCCAAAGCUUCCUCGUCUUUACUGGUGAUCCUCCCAUAUGGGUCGGGUUGCCUUGGAUAGGUCAUCUGGGAGUUACUGUUUCCUUGAGGUCAAGUACUACCAAUGUCCACCAUACGCUCACAUUUCAAAUCUUCUCUGCUCAAAAAAUAUCUAAUAUCUUGCACCCGGACAUGUCCAGAUACUUUCUCCACACACAGUACGUAUCUCAUUAUAUUAUUGCUAAUAAACACAUACACGAAGUCGAUCGGCUACUACAGUCUGUUCUGCUUCAAAAAGCACGUUGCCAAUUGAGUGCAUCAAAAGUAAACAACAAGAAAGAAAAAAGAUACAUCUCAGCCGCAUGAUGGACCGAGUGAAUGACGCGCACGCCAUUUGUAAAUUUCACCUCUCUCCAGUCCGUCGCCCGCCUUCCUACCUGACCAACUAUCUAAAGGAGCCACCAACAAAACAACCUAAAGAUUCCUAAGAAAGUACCGAUUGCCUGUGUGAGAGCGAGAGGGGUGCAGGCCUACACGCCGAACAAAUCAUCAUAAAACUACAAAAAUAUUUGUAUCAGGUUAUGCCAAUUAAUUAAAUAAAUAAACGAAAAAAUUGACGAAACCCCAUAAAGCAUUUCCCCGAGGGAGGCGGAGGGGUCCCCCUGUCCAAUUCAAAACAAAAAUAAUUUCCUUCUGAAAAGUAAUGGAAUUCCAAUUACAAGAUACAGAUAGCCUCCAUGGUAGGUGCGAAAAAGGCAGCCCCACGCCACUCGCUCUCACACACACACGUGCGCCCGCAUCGAAUGCAGCCAUAUAAACAAACGCGUAGACUUAGUGUACCGAGUAAGGGGAAUUACCAUGUGAUGUCACAUAUCUUUUUCUCAUAGAAUGCAUCUAGAUACUGUAAGAGUAGCCAACACGAAAUAUCUUAUAUAAAUACACAUAGGAAGUAGUGAGACUAAGUUUCAGCGCAUUUUGAGUGAGAGUGAGCGAGACGACAGGUGCGGCCUAGCUAAUUGACCAACCCCUGCUCGUCAGCUGGGUAGGAGGGGUGUGAGGCCGGUGCUGAUAUGUGCGAGCAAGAAUAUUCAAUGUCAGAGGAAGAUGACGAGAUAGCUCCGGAUUUGAGUAAGACAGAUGAAUUGCUUGGUGAUUCUCAGAGUAGGGAGGGGGCGAGCCUAACACAUGUCAACAAAUUCUCUCUCACCCCCUUUCGACAGAUGAAUAUUUCACAUAAUUUCAUUCAUUGCCAUCUAUUGAGGAUUGGAAGAACUUCGCGAGAGCCGGCUACAAGUGAGUGGGACAGAAAAUUACCCUAGUUGGGUGGAAGGGAGACUCCGUUCGGAUUCGGCUGCAGGUUCGGCUUUUUCGUUUGUCUUUUUAGGAUUUGUGGGUGGAGAUUCAGAUUGAAGUGUGCGCGGGGCAUUUGGGCAAUUACAAUGGUGGACGAUGGAUAUGAAUGUGCGCCGGAAUGGAUUUGCAGGUUUCUGGAUAUGGACGCGUUUUGAUGGAAUCGUGAGGCGUUCAUGUCAGGAGAUUUGAUUGAUGGGUGACAUUUUGUAAUGGAAGGGUUAACACCCUCUUGUUGGAUAGGAUUUGAGAUUUUAAGGAGGGUUUUAUAGCCAUUUUGGUUGUGUUGAUGGGAUGGAGUUCGUAGAUUGAUGAGGAAAAUGGUUUUAAUUAAAUUAUUUGCCUUAUUCAGGCUAUUGAAUUUUUAGAUUAAACUUUUUGAACCUAAUUGUCUUGUAAGCUUAUCACUUGCACAGCAUUAAUUGUAAAAGGUUAGAUAUUGUCUUCUAUUUGUAGUCAAGCCUAAAAUUGAUAGACCAGUAGCUUACUCCAACUACAAUUUUAUUUUAUAGUGUAUAUAUAUAUUUCGGGAGCAACUCACCGCCUUCAUCAGGUAGCUUUGUACUGAUGUUAUUAUUGGAACUGAUGGAUAGUCUCGUUAGUAACGUACGAAACUGAGAACCAAAAAAUGUUGUUUGCUUGCCUUACAUGCAGCUGAGGAAUGAUCAUGAAGAAGACACUAAUUGCAAUCUGUCAUAAUUUAUGGUCAAUGCAUAAAAUCCCUGGUUGGGCGGGAAAAUAUUUGAAUUUGGGAUCAUUACAUGAGAAGGUUUAUGCUUGUGAAAUUCUUUGGAUAUUCAGUGCAGUGCAAUUAAAUCAAUGUAGCCUUAUUGGAACUUAAUUAAUUUCUGAUGUACUUCCUUAUUUUUUCUAGCUCUACACAAUUCAAGGAUUAAAUUUUGGGUUCUUGGGAUCAAAUAUUGGAUUAUUAUGGGAUUUAAUAUUUUAAAUUUUAAUUGGUCACCUUCUGCCACUUUUUUGCUGAAAUACUGUUCCAUCGGUAUAGAGUAUCUGAGAUUUUUUGUUGCAAAACUGUGUCCCGUGAUGCUCAGAUGCCUCUUUUGAAAUUAACUUGACUUACUUUCAUCCUAGGAAAAGAUUGAUGCCGAGAUUAGGAGAGUUGCUAAUCUGGCGGU